CAAAUGUGACCAAGAUAUAAGCGUCUGGAAACGAGAAUACAGUGGCGUGCAAAGUCAAGUUGUCGUGAGAUCGAGACCGUCAAAGAAAUUUAGUGAGAGAAUUAUCAUGUCGUCGGGUGUGAAUUCGCCGAACGUUUGUUUAGAAACAAGCAUGGGAAAGAUUACUGUAGAAUUAUACUGGAAACAUGCUCCAAAGACUUGCAAGAACUUUGCAGAGCUAGCAAGGAGAGGAUAUUACAAUGGUGUUAAGUUUCAUCGUAUCAUCAAGAACUUCAUGGUACAGGGAGGUGAUCCAACAGGCACAGGGCGUGGUGGAAACUCAAUCUGGGGGAGCCAGUUUGAGGAUGAGAUCACAACAGACUUAAAACACACAGGAGCUGGAAUUGUGUCUAUGGCAAAUAGUGGACCGAAUAGCAAUGGAAGCCAAUUUUUCCUCACCUUAGCUCCCACUCAGUGGCUAGAUGGCAAGCACACUAUAUUUGGACGGGUGAGUGGUGGCAUCAGUGUCCUGAAGCGCCUUGGCAUGGUGCAGACCAAUGUGGAUGAUCGACCUAGAGUAGACAUUGUUAUAGUGAAGGCAUACCCAGAAGCAGGAUAAGAGCCUUUGUCAGAGCAGACAAUAACAUUCAUUGUUCCUACAUGUAUUUGCUGAAGUGUGAACUGAAGAUUACUCGGGGAUAAAAGUUAUCGUACAUACCUGACUAGUUUCAUCUUACAGUCAGACGAGUAUCAUCUUGUAAUAGAAUGGAAAGAUAGUAAAUCAGAAUGAACUAUCAGUCACAAUGAUCUUGAGCAUAAUACGUUGUCUUCAUCUAUGAUUGAAGAUCUUUGGCAAGGUUCAGUAAUGUGAAUCUCAGUGUCAAUUGAAUGAAUUAAGCGAUGCCAUAGACAAAAAUUGUGUCAAGAAAUUCUUUUCACAUUCCAUGCUUGAGAAGUGGUUUUAUAUCAAAAAGGGGAAAAAGUGAACCCAGACAUUUUAUUUGAGGGGACACCUGAUCAAUUUAAAAUUUAUUCACCACAAAUGUAAAAUCUUGUUUUAAUUUUUUUUUCCUGUGCAUUUUAAGAGUACACUAUAUAUGUAACUUUUUAGAAUAUAUACUAAAAAUCUCAAUUUGUCCGACAAUGACAGGCAAAGUAUAACUGACAAGUCAGUGAAAUAUCCUUCAGAAUUUAUGCUGUAGUUGAAGCUUUCAUUGAAAAUUUGGGAAGCAAAAAAAAAGAUUAUUUUUCUAUGAAACUAAUAUUUGAAGAAAUACCCUUUCAUGUACCAAUGUUCAUGUUCUGAUCCAUUAUUUAGUAUAAUAUCAGAUACUUGGGGAAACAGCAACACAAAACCUAUUGGUUUCACUAAACCCUUUUUAUAAUUAUUAUUAUAGUGUAUGUAUCUUCUAAGUCUUACCAGUAAUCUGCAAAAACGUACUAGUAAAUUGAAUUUGAUUUUUAAUAUGUCAAUGCUUUAAUCAUUCCAAGUAAUGACCUUGGCUGCUCUACUAAUUGGCCACUGUGCCCCUUUUAUCGGCCUUGGAUUUUUUGGUGCCCUAUUUAUUUGUCCUUCAUGUACUGGUAUUUGUGCUAUAUAGAAAAAUAUGAAUCUGCCCUUUAGAAAGGUGGUCUUACUCUCGAAAGGUCUAAUAUUUUGUAUAGUUUUUUAGUCGGAUACAUUUCUUUGAACAAUGAUAGUCCACAGAACAAUCAAAACUCAAAUAGGGAGGAUCGUAAUCUUGGGAUUACAUGGAAAUUAUCUUUUGCAAGCUUAAACAUCAAAUAUCUUAUAUCGGGGGGGGGGGGGGGGGGGGGUGUAUGGGCAAGAAAUCACAUUCAUGUACAUGUAUCCAAAUGGAGCCUAAAAUUCUUCUGGUGGGUGUUUCAUGAAGCUGUUCAGAAGUUCAGAGCUACUUUAAGUAGAACUGGAGAACCUUCUUACAUGCUAAACCAUUGCCAAUGAACAUUUUGGUGAUACCGUUUACCACAAGAAAGGAUCUCCAGUUCUUAAAGCCGCUCUCAACUUACAAACGGCUUCAUGAAACGCCCACCUGGUGUUACAAGUUAUCUCUAUUGUCACCUUUUUAAUAAAUGCUGAAAAAAUGAUAA